AUGAAAGUCCCGCGAAACACUCGAGCGGAGCUCCUCGGCGAGAGUCAUGGUGCCGAACGAAUAUGCGGGAUAUUCGAUGAACCGGAAAACAGUUCCAAGUGCAAGGAUGUAGAGAAGCAUAUUAUCUGUAGCGACUCCCCCGACAUCCUUCAUAAGAGGGCAAAAGCACGGACAAGCAUGUCCGGAGACUCUUCCUCAUCUGGGCCCAGUUUCUGGAAAGACACUAUUGACGGGCAUUUUCUGUCGGUCCAUUCAGCCAAGUACAAAGUCUUGUGCGAAAGUAUCCCCGGCGAUUAUACAUGCCACUUAAAAGGGCUGGGGGGCAAAGAAAUAGACAAGUCUAGGCGUAUGCUCUCGACUUUGGACUCCCAAGCUGGAGGAAGCGAUCACCGCGGCCCUGGAUAA